AAUCUGUAGAGUUAGUGGGGUGAAAAGGGGGCCACAAAAGGCUUUGUCGGAUCAAUUAAUUUUUUUUGCACCAAUUUGGGCUUGCAAAAUCGAUUGGAAUUUUUUUUCGUUGCUCCCAAUUGGGAUUUGGGAGUUUUCCACGGUGCUACGUGGGGAUUUCUUGCCAACUAGGUGUGUAAAUUGUGUUAAGAAUGCCGUCUGAAGCAAAGAAACGCGAGGCGCAGCGGAAGAAGGAGGCGGCGAAGAAUCGCCAAAAGGCCGGGGCUGGGAAUGCCGAGAAGAAGGAACCCACGCCGAAUGGGAGCACAUCGAAUGGAACGACGACGGCGGUGACGGAAAUGACGGAGGAGGAACGUCUGUGCGCCAAGUUGGAUGAGGAGGCACGCAUUAGUGCAGAUGCAAGAGCCUGCACGGGCACAAUGGCCCUCCAUCCGCGUUCCAGGGAUAUCAAGCUAGCCAAUUUCUCUAUAACAUUCUUUGGCUGUGAAUUGCUGCAGGAUACCAUGCUGGAGCUCAACUGUGGCCGUCGCUAUGGGAUUAUCGGGCUCAAUGGAUGCGGAAAGUCGUCGCUGCUGUCUGUCCUGGGGAAUCGUGAAGUACCCAUCCCGGAGCACAUUGAUAUUUUCCAUUUGACACGCGAAAUUCCCGCCAGCACCAAGUCCGCCCUGCAGUGUGUAAUGGAAGUGGACGAGGAGCGUAUAAAGCUGGAGAAAUUGGCCGAAGAUCUUGCCCAGUGCGAGGAUGAUGAAUCCCAGGAACAACUAAUGGAUGUCUACGAUCGUCUCGAUGAUAUGUCAGCAGAUCAAGCGGAAGCAAAGGCCGCCCGUAUCCUCCAUGGUUUGGGCUUCACGAAGGAAAUGCAGCAGAAGCAGGCAAAGGACUUUUCCGGAGGAUGGCGCAUGCGGAUUGCCCUGGCGAGGGCUCUCUACGUCAAGCCGCAUCUCCUUCUGCUUGACGAGCCUACAAAUCACUUGGAUCUGGAUGCUUGUGUGUGGCUCGAGGAGGAACUCAAGUCCUACAAGCGAAUUCUCAUGCUAAUCUCCCACUCGCAGGACUUUCUCAAUGGCGUCUGCACCAACAUCAUUCACAUGACGAAGAAGCGACUAAAGUAUUACACGGGCAACUACGAGGCAUUCGUGAAGACGCGCAUGGAACUGCUGGAGAAUCAGAUGAAGCAGUACAACUGGGAGCAGGAUCAGAUUGCGCACAUGAAGAACUACAUUGCACGCUUUGGGCACGGAUCGGCCAAGUUGGCGCGUCAGGCGCAAUCGAAGGAGAAGACACUGGCUAAGAUGGUGGCACAGGGACUCACGGAACGCGUGGUGGACGACAAGACGCUCAACUUCUACUUCCCAUCGUGCGGCAAGAUCCCGCCGCCUGUGAUUAUGGUGCAGAAUGUUAGCUUCCGCUACAGCGACACAUCGCCCUACAUCUACAAGAAUCUGGAAUUUGGUAUUGAUCUGGACACGCGGAUUGCCCUUGUGGGGCCCAAUGGGGCGGGCAAGAGUACGCUGCUGAAGCUCCUCUAUGGGGAUCUCGUGCCCACGGCUGGGAUGAUCCGGAAGAAUUCCCAUUUGCGCAUUGCGCGGUACCAUCAACAUCUGCACGAGUUGCUGGAUUUGGAUCUCAGCCCAUUGGAGUACAUGAUGAAGGCCUUUCCGGAGAUGAAGGAACGCGAGGAGAUGCGCAAGAUUAUUGGGCGCUACGGACUCACAGGGCGUCAGCAGAUCUGCCCAAUGCGGCAGCUGUCGGACGGGCAGCGGUGCCGAGUUGUGUUUGCCUGGUUGGCCUGGCAGUCACCCCAUAUGCUCCUCCUUGACGAACCUACCAAUCAUCUGGACAUGGAGACUAUUGAUGCCCUUGCGGAUGCCAUCAAUGACUUUGAGGGUGGCAUGGUGCUCGUUAGUCACGAUUUCCGCCUCAUCAAUCAGGUGGCCGAAGAGAUUUGGGUGUGUGAAAACUCAACUGUGACCAAGUGGAAGGGCAACAUCUUGGACUACAAGGAUCAUCUCAAGUCCAAGAUUACCUCCGAUGGCGCUAAACGCGAAGGAGGCGGCACCCGGAAGAAGUAAACAGGGAGGAGGGUAAAACAUCCGCCGGGGGACAUGGUGGUUUCUCUCACAAAUUAUUGCACAUAAUAUUCUCUAUUUUACAAUAAUAUUAUAUUAACUAUCCUUAGUAGAUUUCAACCAGUUUCCAGGACAUAGCAGAGUAAAAGAAAAUGUGUAUUUAUUUGAAAUAGCGCGAGCAUGUUCAAUAAAUUCCGCUUGGAGUUCCAGAGUCCCAAAA